AUGAAGACGAACACGCACCCACCACCAACCACGCCGUUCGCACCAACCGCCAUCAUCACGCACGCUCUGGUAGUGGUGGUGCUUGUUGUUGUGUCAUGCUGGAGCGGGCUGUCACUGGGCGAGGUUGUGCUGGUAGAGGAUGAAGCGGGUGCGCUGCAUGUGAACACGAGCAAUGCGACACUGCAGCCCGUGUUUGUAAACGGCGUGGAUGUUGGCAGGGCCCUGCAGGCGCAGCAGAGCAUCAUCGAGGCGCAGCACCGCACGUUGGAGGCGCAGCGCACGCGCAUCGACGCCCAACGGUCCGCCAUCGCCUCGCUGGCGCACCAAGUGUGCCCUCCGUCCGUCAUCGACAGGGACGCGACAGCCGGCAGUCUCACCAGCGACGGCAGCAAGUGGGCCGGCGGCGUCCUCGCAGACAACGGCCGCAUCUACUGCACCCCGUUCUACGCGCCGUCCGUGCUUGUCAUCGACCCGGCCACGCGCGCAACGGCCACAUUCCCCGUCACAGGGAUCGCGCCACAGGCCAGCAAAUGGGCCAACGGCGUGCUGGGGCCAGGCGGCCGCAUCUACGCGUUUCCCGCAUCAGCGACGACCGUGCUCAUCAUCGACCCGGCCACCAACACCACGGACGUCACCACGCUCGGCGACUUGCCCGCCGGACCACGCAAGUGGGGUGGCGGCGGCGUGCGCGCGCGCAACGGCCUCAUCUACGGCGUGCCCUUGAAGGCGUCCUCCGUCCUCAUCAUUGACCCCAUCGCCAACACAACCGACACCACCACCAUCACGGGCCUCGGCGACAGCGAGUACAAGUGGUACGGCGCGGCGCUCGCAGACAACGGGCGCAUCUACGCCAUACCGAGGGCCGCGGUCUCCGUGCUCAUCAUCGACCCGGCCACCAACACGGCCGACAUCACCACCAUCGCCAACUUGGGGCACUUUGGCGACAACAAGUGGGCCGGUACCGUGCUUGCCGGUAGCGGCAAGAUCUACGGCGUGCCCUUGUCAGCGUCAUCCGUGCUCAUUGUGGACGCGGCCACCAACACGGCCGACAACACCACCAUCACCCUCUCCAACGCAAACGCAGUGGACCAAGUCUACAUGUGGCUGGACGGCGUGCUGGCGUCCAACGGCCUCAUCUUCGGCGUCCCCUUCACCAGCGAAGCCGUGCUCAUCAUCGACCCAUCCACCAACACGGCCGACACCACAUCCCUGCCCGUGAACGAGGGCGCCUUCAAGUGGGCAGGUGGUGUGCUUGUGGACGGUGCUGGUGGUGCUGGUGGUGGUGGUGGUGAGGUGAUUUUUGGUGUGCCGUACAACGAGGAGUUUGUGCUUGCUGUGGAUCCCGGGUGUUGA